GCAGAACAAGGUGGACUACAAAUAGAAGGAAAGUUCAGUAAAGAUGGUGACAGACGGGGAAGUGGUCGAAUGUUUCGAACAGUUAGAUAUCUAAAUUAGCAGUAAAUAAUCGUUCGUGUUCCGGUCAACAUGUGAGUGGGGAUUCAUGAGUUUGCAGACGAUAGUAAUAAACACGUGUCAAUUUGGAAAGCGGGACAAAAGUCGGCAAAAACGAAGGUACGACAGGAUGCUUUGUUUAUGGAGAUCAGCUGUGUUACCAAACAUUCCUAUCGCUUUCGCUGCAGCGUCUACGACGCUUCUAUUUUCGUCGAAUAAAGAUGCUUGUGGAUCAACCGUUGACCGGUAGUUAAUUAUUCUUAAUGACAUGUGAGAAUGAAACGAGAAACUGUCAUUACCUGUGUAGAGCCAAACCGACGAGCAAAGACGAUGACGACGGUAUUGGAUGGCAGCUACCAACGUAUGGAGCCAUACGAAGGGGAAGAAGAGGGUGGAGAAGACGAUGAUGAACACGAGGAAACACCUCAGGAAUCUGGUGUUAUGAUACACGUAGUACCAGAAGGAAAUAAAGCUAGAUGGAAUCAUAUUGAAGAUCUAGAUUCUUUUUUUACAAGAAUGUAUCACUACCAUCAAAAACAUGGAUUCGCUUGUAUGAUACUCCAAGAAGCACUUGAACUAGGACAGUUCAUUUUCGUAGUUACUUUUUCAACUUUUCUCUUUCAUUGCGUCGAUUACUCCGUAUUGUUCAAGAACAAGCCCCAAACAUCGCACAAAACGUCGAUAAGCGACGUGAUUUUACCAACGAGCGAAUGUGUAGCAUCUAUGGGUCUGGUUACUUGGAUCUGUAUUUUAGUAGCCGCGAUUUUUUGGAUUUUACGAUUAGUAAAAGUUUUGUAUCAUUGCACGCAGUUUUGGGACAUAAAGUUAUUCUUUAAUACCGCGUUGAAAAUUGAAGACUGCGAUUUGGACAAUCUCACCUGGCACGAGGUACAAAAGCGAGUCAGAGAAGUGCAAAAAGAGCAGGAAAUGUGUAUCCACAAAAGAGAGCUUACGGAAUUAGAUAUAUACCAUAGAAUAUUAAGAUUUAAAAAUUAUAUGGUGGCUAUGAUCAAUAAAUCCUUGUUACCUGUUCGACUUAAAAUCCCUGUUAUAGGAGAAAUUAUUUUCAUGACAAGAGGAUUGAAAUACAAUAUGGAGCUAUUGUUGUUUUGGGGACCAUGGUCUCCGUUUGAAAACAAUUGGCAUCUCAAAGAAGACUAUAAAAAGUUAAACAAAAGACAAGAACUUGCAAGAGCACUAUCUAAACAUAUUUUAUGGGUUGGAAUAGUGAAUUUUCUACUUUGCCCGUUAAUUUUACUCUGGCAGAUACUCUAUUCGUUUUUUAACUACGGCGAGAUCAUCAAGCGAGAGCCAGGAACUUUAGGUACAAGAAUGUGGUCUUUAUACGGCCGGUUAUAUCUCCGUCAUUUCAACGAACUUGAUCACGAAUUGAAUGCCCGUCUAAAUCGCGCAUACCGUCCAGCUUCGAAAUACAUGAGCAUAUUUACAUCCCCCAUUAUGACUGUUAUCGCGAAAAACGUUACUUUCGUAGCUGGAAGUAUAUUAGCAGUUUUAUUAAUAUUAACCGUAUACGAUGAGGACGUACUUACGGUGGAACACGUGUUGACUACCAUGACCAUAUUGGGUGCUAUGGUCGCAGGAGCAAGAGCGUUUAUACCGGAUGAGAAUUUAGUUUGGUGUCCAGAGACUCUCUUAACCGCUGUCUUAGCGCAUACACAUUACAGACCGGAUAGUUGGCGAGGUCAUGCUCAUACUCAAACCACGAGAGCAGAAGUAGCACAACUAUUUCAAUAUCGUGCAGUUCAUCUCUUAGAAGAAUUAAUUUCCCCUCUGCUUACACCAUUUAUUCUGUGCUUUCGGAUGAGACAACGAGCUUUAGAUAUUGUGGACUUCUAUCGUAAUUUCACGAUUGAAGUUACAGGCGUCGGGGACGUUUGCAGUUUUGCACAAAUGGACGUGCGUAAACAUGGCAAUCCAACGUGGCAAACGGUGACUCGAAGUCCUGUCAUAGAUCAGACUGGUAGAUACGAUGCUAACCAGUACGCCAUGGAUCCGGAGAAGCUUCAAAUUCCUGUAUCAGAUCAAUAUACGCAAGCAGAAGACGGGAAAACCGAAUUGUCCCUUAUUCAUUUUACCUUAACGAACCCCGAGUGGAAACCACCGAGUCACGCUGAGAAUUUCGUCGCAGCUCUACGAGAAAGAGUGAAGAAAGAAGUGCAAGGUGGUAUACACGGUGAAAUUAAUCCCCUUUUGACAAGCUUGAACAGUUUAUCUAGCUUGGAACCGGGUUACAAUGAUAUGGUAUCGAACAUAAUUCGGAGCACAAUGGUAAAUCAGCCAAGUGGGCUAAGCACGAGUAAUAUGUUCGUGAACCAACCUGGUACCUCGACGGUUUCUGCCGCUGGAGAUGAAUUGUUGAAUGUGAAAUCGGACAUUUUACCGCAUGCCGUUCAACGUGGUUUAAGCAAAGCCGAAGGGCCGGUACACAAUGAAAAAGGAUUUCUGUAUGGUUUGCAACAAGGUAUUUCGAAUCAGUCCCUAGGGGCCUCUGUUUUUGUAUCGAGCCACGAGUUAUCUACCGACUUAUCUGUACCGGUGGAGUUAAUCGCUGCCGAUAUGUCUCUGUCUACAUUGUACCUGCAUGAACUUCACUACAGACAAGUUCGGAGGAGGGGCUAUCAAGAAAUGGCUGCUAGAAGCAUAUGGCAACGAAGCCCUGUUCAAGAGCUUGCUACGCUUCCUGAAGUUAGACAAGAGAGAGCACCCUUGCUCUUACAUCAAGAUUCUUCUAUAAGAAACAAUAGAGAAUUUAAAUAUAACGUGAACACUCAUUUAGAUAGCAUCUGAAUCAUUCGUGCAGUGAUAUCGCCACUUUUAACAGAAUAAAAUAUUUUCAUUCGCUUAACGAUGCGAUGUCCUCGUGAUUUAUUUUAUAGCAAGAGAAUAGCUAGAACGUUUAAGAAUCUGUGUUAUCGAUGUAAAUACAGAAGUGAAACGAUCUCGAAUGCCUAUUUUAAAUCUAUUCGAAGGCCUACGCGUGUGUACAUUUUGCGCAUCAAAUUACGAAUAAAACGCUUCCCAAAAUUGUGCUAGGUUGUUAGGUUAUACAACAUGAAGAACCAAUUGGGUUUCCCACGAUGAAA